AUGUUUGAUUGGAUGUAUUAUCAGAUGUGUGACAAUUGUCAAAAACCGUUAAUAAACGAAAAAAAUCUCAAAACUUUCCGCAUUAGAUUAGGACUUGGUGGAGGUAUACUUGUUAGUGGAGGCGGUUUGUUAGGAGCUUACGCACUGCCACUUAUCGGAUUUGGAUCGGCGGGUGUCACCAAAGGAUCUAUCGCCGCGUGGUUGCAAAGCCCAGCUAUAAAGGCUGGAACAACUUUUGCGUUAUGUCAAUCACUGGGUGCAACUGGAUUAUAUUCCAUACUGUUUAAAUCAACUGGAAGUGUACUUGGAGGUGGAGCUCUUAGAAUGCUCUACAACAACCGUUUCAAUAAUGGUUGGUGCUCCUGCGAUCAACCGCCUUUAAUUCCAAAUGCGCCAAAAUGA